AUGAGCAGGUCGAGCCGCGACAGACAGGUCUCGAUCAGCGAUAUCCGCUCUGCAUACCCUUCGCUCGCCCUGAGCGGUAACGUCAUAUCCGCAACUUUCAACAUGCCACACUCGUUGAGGUAUCGUAAGGGCGCUGACUGGGAAUUAAAAGCCCGCCGUGGCCAGUCUGCCCUCUUCGACGGCCUGGCCCACCUCUCGUCCGACCAGACGGCCUGGAAUCACACGACUGUCGCGUGGACGGGAGAGAUCGAUGCACCAUCGGAUUUCCCCUCGCCACCAGAGACCCCUCCUCUGACGACCGCCCACCUUCCCGGCCUGAACAAGCUCUCCGCCCCUGUUCCAGUGGACAAGGAGGAACCCACCAAGCCAGCACCGCCAACCCGCGAUGGCCUGUGGAUACCAAAGGAGGACAUGCAGCGGCUUGAGCAGCAGCUGGGCCACGACAAGAAGAUCAAGACGGUUCCCGUAUGGCUGGCAGACGAUGCUGAUGGGCAGGAGGACGGCAUCCUGCUCAAAGACCAGGCACGGUGGAGGCGCUACGCCGACCACGACCUCUAUACGCUCUUUCACUACAAGACCCCGGUCCCCUCGGAUGGGCGCAAGGAGCGCACGCAAUGGGCCGACUACUACCGCAUGAAUCAGAAAUUCGCCAACAAGAUCCUUGAGCUAUACAAGCCGGGCGAUAUCGUGGUGGUCCAUGACUACUACCUGAUGCUCGUGCCCAGCAUGCUGCGGCAGCGCGUGCCCCACAUGUACAUCAGCUUCUUCCUGCACUGCCCGUUCCCCUCGAGCGAGUUCUUGCGCUGCCUCCCCCGCCGCAAGGAGGUCCUGGAGGGCGUGCUUGGGUCCAACCUGAUCGGGUUUCAGAGCUACAGCUACAGCCGCCACUUCAGCUCCUGCUGCACACGCAUCUGCUCGUACCCAUCCGAUGCGGGCGGCGUCGAGACCUUCGGCGCCAGGGUCGAGGUUGGCGUCUUCCCCAUCGGCAUCGACGCCAAGAAGGUCGAGUCCAUGGCCUUCUGUCCGGCCGUGGACGAAAAGGUCAAGGCCCUCCGCAAGCUGUAUGCGGGUAAGAAGCUCAUAGUGGGGCGGGACCGGCUCGACAGCGUGCGCGGCGUAGCCCAGAAGCUCAUGGCCUUUGACCGCUUCCUCGAGCUGUACCCCGGCUGGCGGGAGAGGGUGGUGCUGAUCCAGGUCACGAGCCCGACCGCCUCGGCCGGCGACGAGGAGAAGGACGACCCGGAGAACAAGAUUGCCAGCCGUGUUAAUGAGUGGAUCGGCCGCAUUCACGGCACCUAUGGCCAUCUCGGCUACGACCCCGUCCAGCAUUUCCCGCAGUACCUCAGCCAGGACGAGUAUUUUGCGCUGUUGCGGGCUGCAGACAUCGGUUUGAUAACUUCAGUCCGAGACGGCAUGAACACGACAAGUCUCGAGUACAUCGUCUGCCAGCGCGACAACAACGGGCCCCUGAUCCUGUCCGAGUUCAGCGGCACGGCGGGCAGUCUCAGGGAUGCCAUCCAUAUCAACCCCUGGGAUCUCUCGGGCGUCGCCGACGAGAUCAACAAUGCCCUGGUGAUGGAAGACGAGGCCCGGCUGGCGAUGCAGAAGUCUCUGCACGAUCACGUCACCUCCAAGAAUGUGCAGCACUGGAUCGACUCGCUCCUCAACCGGCUGGUCCACGUGCUCGGCAGCUCCAAGAACGUCGUCUCCACCCCGCUGCUGGAUCGCGCCAUCAUGCUGCAGACCUACCUGAACGCCAAGAAGAGGCUGUUCAUGUUCGAUUACGAUGGCACGCUGACGCCCAUCGUUAAGGAGCCGUCUGCCGCAAUCCCCAGCCAGCGCCUCAUCAAUACGCUCACCACGCUGGCAUCGGACCACCGCAAUGCCGUCUGGAUCAUCUCGGGUCGGGAUCAGGCCUUCCUGACACAACACCUGGGCGGCAUCAAGGAGCUCGGCUUCUCGGCAGAGCACGGAAGCUUCAUGAAGCACCCGGGCUCCGACGAGUGGGAAAACCUCGCCGAGACCUUUGACAUGGGCUGGCAGCCCGAGGUGAUGGACGUGUUCCAGUCCUAUACUGACAAGUGUCCCGGUUCCUUUAUCGAGCGCAAGCGAUGCGCUCUGACCUGGCACUACCGUCUUGCCGACCCGGAACAGGGACCACACAUGGCCGAGGAGUGCCAGAAGGAACUCGAGGCAACGGUGGUCCCCAAUUGGGAUGUGGACGUGAUGGCGGGCAAGGCGAACGUGGAGGUCCGCACGACCUUUGUGAACAAGGGCGAGAUUGCUAAGCGCCUCGUCAACAGCUACAACAGCGACAUGAGCAACCUCCCCGGAUCGGCAUGCGAGCCCUCGGCUGCUGACGCUGACAAGAACGGCAAGCUGGGUUUUGUGUUGUGCCUCGGAGACGACACGACAGAUGAGGACAUGUUCCGGGCCCUGAACGGGGUGAGCGCCACGCCGGACCAGGGCGAGGAGGCCAAGGUACAGCCGGAGCAUGUGUUCACGGUGACGGUGGGUGCCAGCACCAAGGUCACGCUUGCGAGAUGGCACCUGCUGGAGCCCAACGACGUCGUCGACUCGGUGGCGCUGCUGGCUGAUGUCGGAGCUAAUGGGACGGGCACGGCAGGUGGGACCGCGUUGCACAUCGGCGAGGUGAACCUGGCAGCUCUGAGCGCCGUCGAGGGGCACGUGCCGACGGAGUGAAGAGGGCAAGAGUAUAUGUGAGAGACAGACAGAGACAUGGAUAGACAAGACAAUUGGGACAUAGACUGGUUGGAGUUUCUAAAGGCAGGCAGGCAAGAGACAUGGGGGAGAGACGGAAUGAAUGCAUCGCAUCGGAUGGUCGGUCGGACGGUACGUACACGGCGCUUGCUCAUGGGAACAAUAGGGCAGGGAGGCUUGAAUACCUGGGCUUCAAUUAGGAUAUGUGAAUGUGUGUAUCUGUACGCGCGCGCCUAGAUGGUCAUCAGCGUUGAUAGGGUGCCCACAAGAUUCCGAGUUGAGUUCCUAAG